AUGCAUGCUGACCGGGAGGCAAAAGAGAAAGCUGGCCAAGAGGCAAGAGAGCCAGCUCAACGACCACAAUCUCAAGAAUUCGCUGCACCUGAAGCAUGUGAGCAACUUCUUUGUAAAGGUCAUCCUUGUGCCAAGUGUCACAAAUGUCGUGAUUGGCAUUUUAAUGGUGAUCAAGAAACAUGGAAUUGGAUCUGCAAUUACAAAAAUUGGAGAAAGGUGGAUGAGGAUCGCUGGCGGAAAGGCGCUUCUAAUCUUUUAGAGAAACGUAUUGAUGCAACCUGUACUGGUCGUAUAGCUGGUCAUAUUGGUUGUUCUUUUUCUUUUGGUCUUUCGAUUGGUGGGAGCGGCACUACUAUUGGUGCUCCUUAUGCUCGUUUAUGUCUCUGUGAGAAACAUUAA